UUGGUCUGCAUCAAAUAUCGGUAGCGUGUAGCCUGAUAGAGGUAGCCAUUUAAUUCUUAUUAUACAGCAUGCAAAUUAAUGAUAUAUGCAUCGGCAUUUGUGUAAUAUAGACGUUCAGUCAGUAGCUGGCAUGUUGCACAUUAUAUAAACACAUUUGAAAACGUAUCACUACCUUUGUGUACCUGUGCUGUCUCUACUUUACUAGAUACUGGUCUAUACAAAUACAAUUGACGUGACUUGAGCAUGUGGCCCCAGACAGAUCUAAUGAUUGCUCAGUGCAUCGCACAUUAGGACCUCAGGGGAAAAAGAUAAUCAAAUCUCAGGGUGAAGAUCUGGGGAUCACUGUGAGUCAUCACAUAUCUGGAUAGUUUGAUAUGCUACUUGAUAUUUAAAAGCAGGAAGCCCAUCUCUUGAAUGCAUUAGUUCAGUAGAGAUAGCCUAAAUUAGAUGGUUUGUCUCAAAGCAGCAAUAAUCUGUGGCAAUAAAUGCUGUAACAACAGGGAACUGUUGUCGGCUUGAGCCAAAGAACUGAGACACAGUGGUUCCAUAGCAUUGACAUCAUAUACACAUUUAGUAGUGUAAGGGAGGCCUGUAGAUAGAUACAUUUUGCACUUUACAAUGCAUGUUUAUCUGCUAGCUGCCUGACACAUUACCCGUGAUAUUAGCCUGCACUUUACAGAUGUACAGCUUUUAAAAUCUACACAUAAAGGCUACUCAAGAUCAAAAAACAAAAACCUUUGUAGUUGUUUGCUCAAUUAUUAGAAAAAACUUGGAGGUGCUGAGUUUAUGAGUGUCACAAGGGUCAUAAAAAAUAUUUUGGCACUCCAUACUAGGAGAGCUGGUGUACUUUUUGAGGCCCCUCGUCCAAUAAAAAGCUACUCUAAUAUCCGGUGACAUGGCAGCAAUUUGCCUACUACUCUUUACCAUUUUCAGCACCCAGUUUGCUGGGUACCAUUGUCGUGGGGCCUGUGCAGAGGUGGACUCUGACACUGAGGCAGUGGCGGGCAUGGGCUUCAAACUAGGCUGCAUCUCCUGCAAGAGGAGGAGUGAAGUGAAGGGUGCUGCCACCGUCGAAUGGUACUUCCAGCCCAAAGGAGAGUCUGACUUCUUUCAAAUCUACACCUACAACGAGAACGGUCCCAUCAUUGAAAACGAUCAGUUUAUGGACCGUGUGGACUGGAACGGAAGUAAAAGGAGCAACGACAUCCAAGAUGGAUCCAUAUACCUGCUCAACGUCACCUUCAAUGAUACAGGCACCUACCGCUGCUUCUUCAACCGCAUCCUCUUCUACGAAAACUAUGAAUACAACACUCUCAUCAGUAAGGUGGUCAACCUCAAUGUGGUGGCUAAAGCCACCAGAGGUACAGCCUCCAUCGUGUCUGAAGUCAUGAUGUACGUGUCCAUCAUCGGCCUGCAGGUCUGGCUCCUCAUAGAGAUGAUUUACUGCUACAGAAAAAUAUCAGCGGCCGGAGAAGAAGCACUACGGGAAGCCGCAAAUGCUGAAUAUUUAGCAAUCGCAUCGGAAAGUAAAGAUAACUGUGCAGGGGUUCAAGUUGGAGAAUAGCAAAGGCUUCCACCGUGGACUGAAAACAUCCCUCUACCCUCUGAACUGCAUGAGAACAACUUGGGGGAAAACACCUCUCCAUCUCAAGUCUCUAUUUUACCUUUUCCUCAACAAAAGUCACAAAUGAAUAUGAAGUACAAAGAAAGCAUGGUACCAGCAUUGUAUAUAGUGUACUGCGCGCAAAAGCAUGUUCUGCACUUAUUUGAGAAAAACCUUUAUGCAUUAAUGAGCCACAUUGUCAAAAGCAUACACUUUACUUACAGUAUUCUGUAGUCAUACAUUUAUAUACAAUACAAGUGGUACUAUGGGAGUCUGUUGGACUCUAUGAGGGUGAUUAUCAAACAAAGCUUUUUACUAAACCAUCACCACCUAUAUAUAUGUAUAAAUAACGAGACACCUAACAUGUAUGUUAAGGUUUUUUUUUUUAAAUAGAACGUGGUGGACUAUGAUAGACUGUCUUUCCAGUUGAACUCCUAGUACAUUCAAUGAAACCUUAAGAUGUACUAAUAAAAACUGAGAAAACUCACGUGAUUGAGUGGUCUGGU